AUGGGUAGCCUCGAUUCAAACAUGGCCGAGUCUUGCCAAUUCAAGCCUUUAAAUCCUGAAGAGUUCAGAAAGCAAGCACAUGAAAUGGUUGAUUUCAUUGCUGAUUACUACCAAAACAUUGAAUCAUUUCCAGUUCUCAGCCAAGUCCAACCAGGCUACCUCCGGGAACGCCUACCCAAAACUGCACCAUACCGACCCGAGUCCUUUGAAACCAUAAUUAAAGACAUUCAAAAAGACAUAAUCCCCGGUAUGACUCAUUGGUUAAGCCCAAACUUCUUUGCAUUUUUUCCUGCUACCGUAAGCACGGCAGCUUUUCUUGGAGAAAUGCUGUGUACUGGCUUUAACUCCGUUGGUUUCAACUGGAUUGCCUCUCCAGCUGCAACUGAGCUUGAGAUGGUUGUCAUGGAUUGGCUUGCUAAUAUGCUCAAACUUCCAAAAUCCUUUAUGUUUUCAGGCACUGGUGGUGGUGUUAUUCAAAACACUACCAGUGAAUCCAUUCUUGUUACUCUCGUUGCCGCCAGAGAUAAAGCUCUUGAUGUUAUUGGCAUAAAUAACACGUGUAAACUUGUUGUUUAUUGCUCCGAUCAGACUCAUUCUACGUUCACAAAAGUCUGUAAAUUAGCCGGUAUAUAUCCUAGUAACAUUAGGUUAAUACCCACCACCAUAGAUACGGAUUUUUCUUUCUCUCCUCUACUUCUUCGUAAAGUUGUGGAAGCUGACAUGGCAGCGGGGUUGGUCCCACUUUACUUAUGUGCAACAGUGGGGACAACGUCAACCGCAGCCAUUGAUCCCAUUGAACCGCUUGCUGAGGUGGCAAAAGAAUUCGGCAUUUGGUUCCACGUCGACGCUGCUUACGGUGGUAGUGCAUGUAUUUGUCCCGAGUUUAGACACUACUUCAAUGGUAUCGAACAAAUUGACUCACUCAGUUUGAGUCCUCAUAAAUGGCUUCUCAGUUACUUGGAUUGUUGUUGCUUGUGGGUCAAAAAUCCAAGUGGACUUACCAAAGCAUUAAGCACCAACCCGGAGUAUUUGAGAAACAAACAAAGCGAAUCGGAUUUGGUUGUGGAUUAUAAGGAUUGGCAGGUGGGUACGGGUCGAAAAUUCAAGUCGCUCCGGUUAUGGAUGAUUCUACGUACCUCUGGUCUGGUUAACCUCCAAAGCCACAUCCGCUCUGAUGUUCGCAUGGCCAAAAUGUUUGAGGUGCUCGUAAAAUCGGAUCCCCGAUUCGAGAUCGUAGUGCCUAGACAGUUUGCACUGGUAUGUCUUCGGCUAAACCCAUGUUCUGAGGUUGGGUCGGGUUAUAUAGAGAUGUUGAACCGUAAACUACUUGAAUGGGUGAACUCGACGGGGCGGAUUUAUAUGACCCACACCAUAGUCGGUGGACUAUAUCUGCUGAGGUUUGCAGUGGGAGCCACAUUUACUGAAGAUCGCCACGUGGUUCCCGCGUGGAAGUUGAUAAAGGAAGGAGCCGAUGCAUUGCUCAAAGUCAAGGAUUGA